UCCAUGGCCACUGCUGCCAUCCUCGUCCUCUCUCUUUUCCUCGCUUUCGCUUCCACGGAAGCGUUUAACAUCACCAGGCUUCUGAGUCAGUACUCUGAUUUCAGCAACUUCAAUGACUAUCUGACUCAAACCAAAUUGGCCGAUUCGAUCAACCGGCGACAAACCAUUACCGUCCUCGCUGUCGAUAAUGGCGCCGUAUCGUCUCUUUCGGGAAAGUCCCCUGACCUGAUCAAGAAGGUCCUGAGCUUGCAUGUCAUACUCGACUACUACGACAUUGAUAAGAUCAAGAAGCUAUCAAACAAGUCGACCAUUCUCACCACCUUAUUCCAGUCCACAGGCGUAGCUGUUAACAAGCAAGGGUUCUUGAAUGUCACACGUUUUGCUUCAGGAGAGGUGAGGUUCGGGUCUGCCGUCAAAGGUUCAAGCCUGGAUGCACAGCUCAUCAAGAAGGUUGCAGCUCAGCCCUACAACCUUUCAGUUCUGCAAGUCAGCAGUGUCAUCUACCCUACGGGCAUUGAAGACAUUAAGUUCACGCCCACUCCGCCACCCCCACGCGCAAAUGCACCGAGAAAAUCUCUAAGCCCCGCCAAGGCUCCCGCACCAGCAUCAGACUCCCCAUCCGAUGCUAAAGCACCUGUUGAAGGUCCAUCUCGUGAUGCGGACACUCCGGCGAGUUCUCCUCCUUCACCCGUUGCAGAUGGACCAGCUGGUGAUUCCACAGGGGACGCUGAUGCACCAGGCCCUGAAGGCCCUUCAGCUUCUUCUGCUACUCGCGUUGCAUUUUCUGCAUUCUUUGCCCUUGCAAUGGGAUUUUUCUCAUCCUGGGCUGAAUUCUAA